AUGGCAGUGUGGGGGAGAUCUAGAUAUGGGGAUACAUCUGGCCGCAAUGGCGUGUUUCAAUUGUCGCCAUACGACCAAUCUGAGGAUCUAGACGCAGUCAGAUGUGCCCAGUUCUCUCUGCCGGACCUAGUGAUCGGUGCUAAGGCCAGCCGUGUGGAUCCCACCGAGGGCACGAGUUUCUACGAGUGCGACGUCGACCAUGUGCUCGUCACACUGAUUUCGCCAGAUGCGAGAUUCAACAGAGCAUUAGACUACCACUGCGCUGCUGUGGAAGCUCCCUACAUGGUUGAUCGUAAUGAUUGUGACGAGGUAGUUGUGACGGAUGCAGCAGCAAUGCAGUCUCCUAAUUCCGACGACUCAAGCUGGCCGUUCCAAUGCCCGCAGCUGCCGGAGGCUGCCGGGAUUUUCUCGUUCAGAUACGAUCUACAGGACCAAGACAUCCGCUGGCGGUCCAUUAAAUGCUGCCGCAUCAAGCAAAUGUCUUGAAAUAGCAGAGCAUUCGCUAAAACAAGCCAGCUAUUAAACAGGUGCCAGCAGAAGGCUUUGCUCACGACCACACUGCGAUCGUGGACUCGGCGGUAGGGAACUAUACCAGCAUUGUCAUAAUAAAGCAGCAGCGGCCUAUCGCUUUAAAAUUUUCACUUCCUUCGACGAAAACACCGUACAGAAGCAGGGGUUACAUUUGCCGAUCUCCUUUUUGGUUUGCCCGAUGUCUGGUAUCACUUAAUAUACCGAUGUACUUAUGCAAAAUGCGUCGAGUAGCCCACAUGAACGUAUAGUUUUCCUCAAAAUUUGUUUGAAAAAAUAUUAGUCCAUCAGUUUUUGAGGGGCACAAAUGGUAAAAAGGAAGCCUUUUACCCAUGUGUCUGCCUAUCUCACUCCCCCACUCACCCACUCCUGUCUGUCUGUCUGCCUGUCUGACCACUACUUGUCUGUGGCCUUAGUCAGAUCACAGACCGCGCACUACCACAUACACAGUAGUAAGAUAUCAGACUACUGAUAUUUGUUUUGAUCAGGGCAUGAAGCCGAAAUAGCAACGCAUCUAUCUCUCCAUUCUCUUGGCAUUUUCUACAGGGAGCGAGGCUAUUACUGCUGUCUUAUCCAUAUGCAUAUUGUUUCUCGCGAAUGCACUCAACAACUUACGUGUAAUGUUCACGUUUACCAAACCUGUGGUGGUCUAUUGCAGUUGACUAUUCAUUCAUUGACAGACCACCCCGAGCCGAUGGUAUUCCACUAGCCUAGGGCUGUGUUGUGUCCUGGUGUCCAAGACAGUGUGUUUUGCUGGGCUAGGUAUUUUGUUCUUGAAGAUCAGUGCGCUGUGAAGCUGACACGCUUCGUCCUCUUAUGAAACGCAACGCACUGAUGUUGUUUUCUUGAAUGUGUGCAAUGCGUUUGAAGCCGUUGGCCUGUAUAGAAA